AUCGAGCAUAUUUCCUUAUCACGAAAUUUUACCUGAAUUUUUUGUUUUAAAUGUUUUUCAAAAUUUGUUUUCGUUUUCAUUUAAUUAAUUAAUUAAUUUACCUAAAUGCUUUAUACUGAUUUAUGAUUUGAUUUGCCCGGGUUUUAAGCUUGCGAUGUCUUGCACCGAAGGAGCGAUUUUGGGUGCUCUUCGAAAGCAUUUCAAAUUUGAAGGCUUCAAAAACGAUUUGCAACGGAAUGCAGUCCACGCUGUUUGUAGAGGGGAGAACGAUAUAUUCAUCUCGAUGCCAACUGGCUCUGGAAAAUCGCUGUGUUUUCAGCUUCCUGCAGCUGUGCAAAGCAACAAAGUUGCCAUUGUAUUUUCACCUCUGUUGGCGCUGAUAAAAGAUCAGAUAGACCAUCUUCAGAAAUUGCGCAUUCCUGCGGAAACAAUAAACAGUAAGAUGACAUCUAGCGAUCGUUUUCGGGUUACUUACGAUCUCAAAAGCGUGAGAACUAAAACAAGAUUACUGUAUGUUACUCCGGAGCAAGCGGCCACUUCCUAUUUCAAAGCUAUAAUUGCUGAUUUAAAUUACAACAAUAAACUUUCCUAUAUCGUCGUAGAUGAAGCUCAUUGCGUUAGCGAAUGGGGUCACGAUUUCAGACCCGAUUACCUCAAAUUGGGUAAUUUUCGUCAAGAAUAUUCUCGUGUUCCGUGGAUAGCUUUGACGGCUACUGCUAAUAAAAAUGUGAUGGCUGAUAUAAUCAAGCAGUUAAAAUUGAAGGAACCAUUAACCUUCAAAACGUCUUCUUUUCGGGAGAAUAUCCACUACGAUGUAAUUUUUGAAGAUAAUAUUCAGAAUUCAUUAGACCAUUUGAAGCAAUUCAUUUUAGAAUGUAUAGGAGACGACGCAGAAAGUAUUCCAUUGAAUCAAAGAGGCUGUGGGAUUGUGUAUUGUCGAACUAGAGAACAAACUGAGUACUUGGCAGAUAUAUUGAAUAAAAAAGGAAUUACGGCUUUAUGUUAUCACGCUGGAUUGAAAGAUAGAGAACGUCACACAGUUCAAGAAGCAUGGAUGGAUGGUCAUGUUAAAGUUAUCGUUGCGACCAUAAGCUUUGGUAUGGGAGUCGAUAAGGGAUCUGUUCGUUUUGUAGUACAUUGGGGUAUAUGCGCAAGCAUACCAGCGUACUCUCAAGAAUCUGGUCGUGCUGGAAGAGAUGGAAAACAAUCUUACUGUCGUUUAUAUUAUUCAAAGCAAUCGAAGAAAUCUUUGAGUUUUUUGUUGCAACAAGAAGUCAACAGGGUUCCAAAAGAGAAACAAGAAAAAGCAAAAUCAGCAUUGCUUGAUUUUGAAAAAAUGGUGCAGUACUGCGAAAGCGUAAAGUGUCGCCAUGCGUCAAUUGCAGAUUUUUUCGGUGAUGAAACCCCCGAUUGUAGAAAUCGUUGUGAUGUUUGUAGUAAUGAAACGUUUGUCAGAUCGCAAUUGAAUUUGUUCAACGAAAAUAGUUCUCAACCGUAUCGUACAACGGCAGUAUCCUCUGAAACUUACGAAAGUGGGUUUGAUGACUUGUAUGGUGGAGGACGUCGUGGACAAUCACGAGACUAUGAUGACCAUAGUGAUGACGGUGAUUCGAGUACCACUCAUAAGAAAGACAAAGCGCUGGAAAAAGAAAUUAAUAGACAAUUUUUAAUGAGAAAAUCAAAUCCGCGUGAAAAUGCCCUCAUAGAAGAAGAAAUACUUGCAAAAUCAUCGAUCGUUAAGGCAGCCGAAAGUACUAGACGCAAAAUUGAUGGGCUUUCGUUAAAGACUAGAGAAGAUUAUGUGCCUUAUUUACAAGGUUUGCUUGAGAAGAAUUUCACCGCGUGUUCAUCUAUUGACCCUCCUAACUAUAACCUUACGCUUCAGAAUAUGAAAAAUGCUGCCAUCGAUCUCGAAUACUCAGUAUUCAGUUCUUGUACUUCGAUUCCCGUGUACAAAAAGAAAAUUGCAAAAAUGGGUUCUGAUAUUAAAACAUCUACUAUUAACCAUAAAUUAUUCGAAGAGCUGAAAAAUUACUAUCCCGAGCAAGUUUGUCGUGUUAAAGGAACUCUUAGAGAAGCAGUUACACCACGCCCGCCAUCGAAUCCAUCAAGUAAUAGUUCUCAAGGAAUAAAGACGGCUAGAGAACUACUUGAAUAUCUACAACAAAAUCAGCGGCACGUGCAGAGAACCGGAAUGAAAAAAGAUACAAUGCAGCAGCAAACUCUUACGUCUUAUUUUAACAAAAACACCAUUGAAGUUUCGCCGAAAGAAAAUGUAGUUGAAACCGUCGACCUAGUGAAAGAAGAACCUCCGAAUGUGGAAUCAUCCGAAAAUAACAAUAUUGAGAUCGAGGUGAAAAACGAAUUAACCAGAGACGAGUACAUGAACGAUGCAACUUUCAAUACGGAAAUAGACAUUGAUGAUAAUAAAUCAUCAUUCAAAUACGGACCGGCUGCAUUUCUUUUAAAUUCCUCGUCUGGUUCCAAAUCGGAAAGUAGCUAUUCAAACGCCUAUACAAAGGAGGGAUGUGGCUCCAGUGAUGAUUAUGUCUCUGAUACUAAAACGAAAAAGAAGAGGGUGUCGCAUCAAAACCCGCCGACAAAAAAUUCAGCCACCUACUCCACUAAUUAUAGCACGAAGAAUCCAGAAAAUACAUUUGAUGAAGAUGAUUCUUCAUCGUUAGCAAGCUCAUCUAGGUCUUGCGUUGAUACAUCAGAUGAGAUUCGCCAUCAAAAAGCCGUUCAGUUUACAACAGCCUUAAGCGAAUACAUGAGCAGAGGAAAAGAUCAGAAGAAACGGAUUAGAGUUGUCUUGGAGCCAAGCAAAACUAAAAACGAUUCUGAUGUCAGUGAACCAAAAAGAAUUAAACCAGAAUCAUCGCAUUUGCGUCACACAUUGUUCAGUUUAUCUUCUAGUUCGAGUCGACAUCGCAGUGAUGAGAGUUGCUCGAAACGUAACAAACCUGAAUUUCUGGCUGAUGAUAUUCCUCGAGUAAAUUGUUUAGACUCGAAUGGAAUGUUGAAUCCUGAUAAAGUUGCAAUGAAGCACGAAGUCGCUGGUUCGGUUAAAAAAUAUUUGCAAAAUUAUAUGGAUAAUGGUAAAUUACCCAGAGAACUAUUCAAAUCCGUGUGCAGAAAUAUUGUCCAUAAAAUUUGUUCAACUCCUGAAUUCGCGACGGAUGAAAAUGUUAGAGUUUACAUGGAAAAAUUAUUUGCGAUGAAAACUAGAUUUGAGACUGAAGAAGAAACCAACCAAGCGAUGAAAAAAAUAAGUAUUGCUGCUCUGAGAUGAGAUUCAAAUUCUGUUUACUCUAUUUUAGGAGUUUAUUUUUAUUUUUGCAAAGUUAUUAUACCAUUAAGUUUGUUUAAAACGUUCAUGUUAAUUGUGAUUGUGAGGUUUUUUAUUGAUGGCUAUUAAAUUUUUUUACUAAAAGUA